CCUCAGCAGGUUCAAACUCUUCUGCGUGAGGGUGGCGGUGAUCGAGAGGUCACGUGAUGAGCAUCCUGCUGCCCAACAUGGCGGAGUUCGACACGAUCUCGGAACUGGAGGAGGAGGAGGAAGAAGAAGCGGCAACGUCGUCGUCGUCGCCGUCGUCGUCGUCGUCGGUAUCGGGGCCCGACGAUGACGAGGAAGAUGAGGAGGAGGAGGAAGAAGAAGAGGAGGAGGAGGAAGAAGAAGAGGAGCAGGUGGAGGAGACGCCGCCCCCGCCUCGGGUAGUGAGCGAGGAGCAUCUGCGGAGAUAUGCCCCCGACCCUGUAUUGGUGCGGGGCGCCGGCCACAUCACUGUGUUUGGCUUGAGCAACAAGUUUGAUACUGAAUUUCCCUCAGUUCUAACAGGGAAGGUGGCCCCAGAAGAAUUUAAGACCAGCAUUGGCCGUGUGAAUGCAUGUUUGAAAAAGGCUCUCCCAGUCAAUGUGAAAUGGCUGCUGUGUGGUUGUCUCUGCUGCUGUUGCACACUGGGUUGCAGCCUGUGGCCCGUUAUUUGUCUCAACAAAAGAACCAGAAGAUCAAUUCAGAAGUUGUUAGAGUGGGAAAAUAACAGAUUAUAUCACAAGCUUGCUUUGCACUGGAAGUUGACUAAAAGGAAAUGUGAAACUAGCAAUAUGAUGGAGUAUAGUCCUGAGUUGUGAGCUGGACAACUAAGGGGCAGUGAGCAGCUGGGAGAAGAGCAGCCAGUGUUUGGAAAGUAUCAAAGGAACAGAAUCCUAAUAAUGACAUCAUGGACUACACUGAGAGGCCCUCAAAUGAGCCCCUGAGACUUCUCGUGUGUAGAUCUCCCCAGAUAGCUGAAGGUCAUCCCAGUGUUUUAUGUACCUCACCCACAUCACCCUCCACCUCAUGGCUGACCCCCUCUGAGCGCUCCCAGUGGCAGCAAGAGUGAAUUUUCGCAGAUGGCUAGUGAGCAUGAACAGAAAGCUGGUCCAAACUGCAGGCCAGGGAGAGAUCACAAUCCGGGCAUUUAGUACCACCCUUGGGAAAGCAAAAGGGAGGCUGCCAGAACUUGGACUGGUGCAUUGCAGGAUUGAGAGAAGGCGUACAAGCUUAAGAAUUCUGCCACAAGAGGGAGCAAGAGGCACAAAGCAGCUGUAUUCAUAGAAGGUCUGAGAAAGCCUUAGAAUUGCUAAUAAGAUGACAGAAGGUAUUUCUCUCCUGAAGUCAGUUAGUAAAGACUGGAGGAGGUGACUGCUACUUUAAAUGCAAAGAUAGCAAUGCAAGACUUCAAGGAACACAUAAAAUCAAGGAAACAUGACACCACUAAAGGAUCACAAUAUUUUUCCAAUAAUCAACCCCAAAGACAUAGAGAUAGUCAAUUUACCUCAUAAAGAAUUCAAAAUAGCUGUUUUAAGGAAACUCAAUGAGCUACAAGAAAGCACAGACAAUUCAACAAAAUCAGGAAAAUAACACACAGACAAAAUAAGAAAUUUAACAAAGAGAUAGAAAUCAUUUAAAAAAGAAAGAACCAAACAGAAAUUCUGGAACUGACAAAUAUGGUGAAUAAAAUGAAAAAUGCCAUAGAGAGCAUCAAAAUCAGAACAGAU